UGAAGAUCAGUUUUAUAGUUUUUGACAGGUGUUUUUGAAAGCAGUUUCUAAUGUGAUUAGUAACCCAAAACUUCUCUUGUUUUGUAUGUUUCUGAAUGACAUUUUUGCCUAUUUCAGGUAUUGAGCCAUAUUUGAAGUUUUCUUGGGUGACUUUUCUGGUUUCUUUUCUUCUUAGUCUGAUCUGAAGUGCGUGCAGGAUGCCAAAGGAGGUUCUUUCUACAGAGAUCAUUGCCCUGUGCUAGGUGAGCAAAAUGGCAACAGAAAUCCUGGUGGAUUGCAGAUUGGUGACCUGGUAAAUAUAGAUCUUGAUCUAGAAAUUGUACAGUCUUUGCAACAUGGUCAUGGAGGAUGGACUGAUGGAAUGUUUGAGACUUUAACUACAACUGGAACUGUUUGUGGCAUUGAUGAAGAUCAUGAUAUUGUAGUACAGUACCCAAGUGGCAAUAGGUGGACCUUCAAUCCUGCUGUUCUCACUAAAGCGAACAUUGUCCGAAGUGGGGAUACUGUGCAGGGUGCAGAAGGAGGCACUUCACAGUUUCAAGUGGGUGAUCUUGUGCAAGUUUGUUAUGAUCUGGAAAGAAUUAAACUUCUACAAAGAGGACAUGGCGAAUGGGCCGAAGCGAUGCUUCCAACUUUAGGUAAAGUUGGCCGAGUGCAACAGAUUUAUUCAGACAGUGAUUUAAAGGUGGAAGUUUGCGGAACAUCUUGGACGUAUAAUCCAGCGGCAGUUUCCAAGGUGGCGUCUGCAGGAUCAGCCAUUAGCAAUGCAUCUGGUGAAAGACUCUCACAACUCCUGAAGAAAUUAUUUGAAACUCAAGAAUCUGGUGACCUCAAUGAAGAAUUAGUUAAGGCUGCUGCCAAUGGAGAUGUUGCUAAAGUGGAAGAUUUGCUAAAAAGGCCAGAUGUGGACGUGAGCAUUUUGAAAAUUAUUUUGAAGCAUGUAAACAAUAGAAUAGCAUAAUUAACUUUAUACUCAGCAGUUGCUAAGAUUGUGCCACAUGUGUUUCAUCUGUUCCUUCUUUCUUGUUUUUCUGAGGUACUUUAAAGCAGAUACCAGCCAUUAUCCUUCAGUGUAUAUUUAAAAAAAACUGACAUUUUCUUAUUU